AUGCAAAACGGGGCGUUUCGGCUCAUCGUGCCCAUUGUGAGGCUUGUUUGCGGGGAGUUCAGCCAGCCGCGACCAUCUCGGCCAAACACGAGGGCCUUACCUACCGUUCGUCUAAUCUCACUAAUUACAACAGUCAACACUUUCAAAUCCUUCUGAUUCGAAAGCUUGAUUAGUGAAGAAAAUGAGAUUUUUUUGAGGUUAUUGCCAUUUUGUAGAGCCUUUUUUGUGUGUCGAAAUUUCACUAAAAGUAUUUAUUUUUAAGAAAAUCGAUAGCCAGACUUCUAAGUGAUUUUCUGAGGUUUUUCAAGGCUUUUUGCCUAUUAUUUUUUUAGCCUUGGUUUAAGUUCAACCUUAAUAAAGUUAAAAAAUCAAUUCUUAUCCCGAACUAAACUUUUAAAACUUUAAAAAUGCCUACAGCCCAAACCGAGAACUUUAUUAGAAUAAUAAGAUGUUGAUAUCAAUAAUUCCUCUAAAAAUGGCUGAAUUUAAUGAUUUUUAUAGUCUCGCCCAACCCGAAACGACUUACGCGCUGAGGCACAGGAAAUCCUUGGAUUAUCGCGCUCCUUCAAGACGACUUCAAAACGUUUUUUUAAAACUACAGGCGCAUUAUUUUGAGCCAUUUCUAGUGUGACCAUAGACUUACAGUGAAAAAAGAGAAGAAAGUGACGGUUACUGGGAAAAUUUUUAUAGGCCACUAUAGAGGCUCGCCAAGGACUACUUAGAGAGGACACUAAACCCACCUCUACAGUGGUCACUAUUUUCCGUUUUAGUGGCCACUUGAGUAGUUUUCCAUCCGGUAUUCCCUCCAGUAACUCGGAUAACUUUAAAACAAACAGAUUGGACCAGUUAUGUUGAUCCAUUGACCCCUAAAGUGGCCACUAAAAUGUUUAGUGGUCUAAUAGUAGCACUUAGACCUCUAUAGUGGCCUCUAAUUUUUAACCCCUUAAGUGUCGACUAGUUUGACUACUAUAUUGGCCACUAAGACAUCAAAACCCCAUAGUGGCCACUAAAAAUUUUCCCCGUAAAUCAAAAAAAAAGAAGAUGGUUCCUUCUUGUUUUCUAAUCACUUUUGUACGAUCAAAACUGAAAGAGACCAAACUUUCUAGUUCCAAAGAACAAUUAUGGCUAUCGAGACCAAGAUUCAAGCCCGAUUCUCCAGAUACCUAGCCUCUCAACAACCGUCGUCCUACGAGUCGUUGGCGCAUAUCAGUAAUGAUCGAUGAGCCGGGCUCAAUUGUCCGGUGGCUGUCAAUUAAAAGCGCGUAAUUCGUCGCUUCCCCCAACGCCACUCAUUUAACCUCCUCGACCCCAAGGCUUAUGCAAUUGAUGGGAAAGGAGAGUUUGAUCCGCUUAAUUACAAUCGCCCUGGGGAUUUCGGUGUGGUAAGUAUCCAGAUAGUUGGCAUUAUUUGGGAGCUGCAAAGCCAGUACUACCUCUUGGGAGCUGCAAAACCAGUACUACCUUUUGGGAGCUGCAAAGCCAGUACUACCUUUUGGGAGCUGCAAAAGUAGUACUACCUUUUGAGAGCUGCAAAGCCAGUACUACUUUUUGGGAGCUGCAAAAGCAGUACUACUUUUUGGGAGCUGCAAAGCCAGUACUACUUUUUGGGAGCUGCAAAAGCAGUACUACUUUUUGGGAGCUGCAAAAGCCAGUACUACCUUUUUGGGAGCUGCAAAAGCCAGUACUACCUUUUUGGGAGCUGCAAAAGCUAGUACUACCUUUUGGGAGCUGCAAAGCCAGUACUACCUUUUUGGGAGCUGCAAAAGCCAGUACUACCUUUUUGGGAGCUGCAAAGCCAGUACUACUUUUUGGGAGCUGCAAAAGCAGUACUACUUUUUGGGAGCUGCAAAGCCAGUACUACUUUUUGGGAGCUGCAAAAGCAGUACUACUUUUUGGGAGCUGCAAAGCCAGUACUACCUUUUGGGAGCUGCAAAGCCAGUACUACCUUUUGGGAGCUGCAAAAGCAGUACUACCUUUUGGGAGCUGCAAAGCCAGUACUACCUUUUGGGAGCUGCAAAGCCAGUACUACUUUUUGGGAGCUGCAAAAGCAGUACUACUUUUUGGGAGCUGCAAAGCCAGUACUACUUUUUGGGAGCUGCAAAGCCAGUACUACUUUUUGGGAGCUGCAAAGCCAGUACUACCUUUUGGGAGCUGCAAAGCCAGUACUACUUUUUGGGAGCUGCAAAGCCAGUACUACUUUUUGGGAGCUGCAAAAGCAGUACUACUUUUUGGGAGCUGCAAAGCCAGUACUACCUUUUGGGAGCUGCAAAGCCAGUACUACCUUUUGGGAGCUGCAAAAGCAGUACUACUUUUUGGGAGCUGCAAAGCCAGUACUACCUUUUGGGAGCUGCAAAGCCAGUACUACCUUUUUGGGAGCUGCAAAAGCCAGUACUACCUUUUUGGGAGCUGCAAAGCCAGUACUACUUUUUGGGAGCUGCAAAGCCAGUACUACUUUUUGGGAGCUGCAAAAGCCAGUACUACCUUUUUGGGAGCUGCAAAGCCAGUACUACCUUUUGGGAGCUGCAAAAGCCAGUACUACCUUUUUGGGAGCUGCAAAGCCAGUACUACCUUUUUGGGAGCUGCAAAGCCAGUACUACCUUUUGGGAGCUGCAAAGCCAGUACUACUUUUUGGGAGCUGCAAAAGCCAGUACUACCUUUUUGGGAGCUGCAAAGCCAGUACUACCUUUUGGGAGCUGCAAAGCCAGUACUACCUUUUGGGAGCUGCAAAGCCAGUACUACCUUUUGGGAGCUGCAAAAGCCAGUACUACUUUUUGGGAGCUGCAAAAGCCAGUACUACUUUUUGGGAGCUGCAAAGCCAGUACUACCUUUUUGGGAGCUGCAAAAGCCAGUACUACCUUUUGGGAGCUGCAAAGCCAGUACUACCUUUUUGGGAGCUGCAAAGCCAGUACUACCUUUUUGGGAGCUGCAAAGCCAGUACUACCUUUUUGGGAGCUGCAAAAGCCAGUACUACCUUUUUGGGAGCUGCAAAGCCAGUACUACUUUUUUGGGAGCUGCAAAAGCAGUACUACCUUUUUGGGAGCUGCAAAGCCAGUACUACUUUUUGGGAGCUGCAAAAGCCAGUACUACCUUUUUGGGAGCUGCAAAGCCAGUACUACCUUUUGGGAGCUGCAAAAGCCAGUACUACCUUUUUGGGGAGCUGCAAAAGCCAGUACUACCUUUUGGGAGCUGCAAAGCCAGUACUACCUUUUGGGAGCUGCAAAAGCCAGUACUACCUUUUGGGAGCUGCAAAAGCCAGUACUACCUUUUUGGGAGCUGCAAAGCCAGUACUACCUUUUUGGGAGCUGCAAAGCCAGUACUACCUUUUUGGGAGCUGCAAAAGCCAGUACUACCUUUUGGGAGCUGCAAAGCCAGUACUACCUUUUUGGGAGCUGCAAAAGCCAGUACUACCUUUUUGGGAGCUGCAAAGCCAGUACUACCUUUUUGGGAGCUGCAAAAGCCAGUACUACUUUUUGGGAGCUGCAAAAGCCAGUACUACUUUUUGGGAGCUGCAAAAGCCAGUACUACCUUUUUGGGAGCUGCAAAGCCAGUACUACUUUUUGGGAGCUGCAAAAGCCAGUACUACUUUUUGGGAGCUGCAAAAGCCAGUACUACCUUUUGGGAGCUGCAAAGCCAGUACUACCUUUUGGGAGCUGCAAAGCCAGUACUACUUUUUGGGAGCUGCAAAAGCAGUACUACUUUUUGGGAGCUGCAAAGCCAGUACUACCUUUUUGGGAGCUGCAAAAGCCAGUACUACCUUUUUGGGAGCUGCAAAAGCCAGUACUACUUUUUGGGAGCUGCAAAAGCCAGUACUACCUUUUUGGGAGCUGCAAAGCCAGUACUACCUUUUUGGGAGCUGCAAAAGCCAGUACUACCUUUUUGGGAGCUGCAAAGCCAGUACUACCUUUUGGGAGCUGCAAAGCCAGUACUACCUUUUGGGAGCUGCAAAGCCAGUACUACUUUUUGGGAGCUGCAAAGCCAGUACUACCUUUUGGGAGCUGCAAAGCCAGUACUACCUUUUGGGAGCUGCAAAGCCAGUACUACCUUUUGGGAGCUGCAAAAGCCAGUACUACUUUUUGGGAGCUGCAAAGCCAGUACUACUUUUUGGGAGCUGCAAAAGCCAGUACUACCUUUUGGGAGCUGCAAAAGCCAGUACUACCUUUUGGGAGCUGCAAAGCCAGUACUACCUUUUUGGGAGCUGCAAAGCCAGUACUACCUUUUUGGGAGCUGCAAAGCCAGUACUACCUUUUUGGGAGCUGCAAAAGCCAGUACUACUUUUUGGGAGCUGCAAAGCCAGUACUACCUUUUUGGGAGCUGCAAAGCCAGUACUACUUUUUGGGAGCUGCAAAAGCAGUACUACUUUUUGGGAGCUGCAAAGCCAGUACUACCUUUUUGGGAGCUGCAAAAGCCAGUACUACCUUUUUGGGAGCUGCAAAGCCAGUACUACCUUUUUGGGAGCUGCAAAAGCCAGUACUACCUUUUUGGGAGCUGCAAAGCCAGUACUACCUUUUUGGGAGCUGCAAAAGCCAGUACUACCUUUUUGGGAGCUGCAAAAGCCAGUACUACCUUUUUGGGAGCUGCAAAGCCAGUACUACCUUUUUGGGAGCUGCAAAGCCAGUACUACCUUUUGGGAGCUGCAAAAGCCAGUACUACCUUUUUGGGAGCUGCAAAGCCAGUACUACCUUUUUGGGAGCUGCAAAAAGCCAGUACUACUUUUUGGGAGCUGCAAAGCCAGUACUACCUUUUUGGGAGCUGCAAAAGCAGUACUACUUUUUGGGAGCUGCAAAGCCAGUACUACCUUUUGGGAGCUGCAAAGCCAGUACUACCUUUUUGGGAGCUGCAAAGCCAGUACUACCUUUUUGGGAGCUGCAAAGCCAGUACUACCUUUUUGGGAGCUGCAAAGCCAGUACUACCUUUUUGGGAGCUGCAAAAGCCAGUACUACCUUUUUGGGAGCUGCAAAGCCAGUACUACUUUUUGGGAGCUGCAAAAGCCAGUACUACCUUUUUGGGAGCUGCAAAAGCCAGUACUACCUUUUUGGGAGCUGCAAAGCCAGUACUACCUUUUGGGAGCUGCAAAGCCAGUACUACCUUUUGGGAGCUGCAAAAGCAGUACUACUUUUUGGGAGCUGCAAAAGCAGUACUACCUUUUGGGAGCUGCAAAGCCAGUACUACUUUUUGGGAGCUGCAAAAGCAGUACUACCUUUUGGGAGCUGCAAAGCCAGUACUACCUUUUUGGGAGCUGCAAAAGCCAGUACUACUUUUUGGGAGCUGCAAAAGCCAGUACUACCUUUUGGGAGCUGCAAAGCCAGUACUACUUUUUGGGAGCUGCAAAGCCAGUACUACUUUUUGGGAGCUGCAAAAGCAGUACUACCUUUUUGGGAGCUGCAAAGCCAGUACUACCUUUUUGGGAGCUGCAAAGCCAGUACUACCUUUUUGGGAGCUGCAAAAGCCAGUACUACCUUUUUGGGAGCUGCAAAGCCAGUACUACCUUUUUGGGAGCUGCAAAGCCAGUACUACCUUUUUGGGAGCUGCAAAGCCAGUACUACCUUUUUGGGAGCUGCAAAAGCCAGUACUACCUUUUUGGGAGCUGCAAAGCCAGUACUACUUUUUGGGAGCUGCAAAGCCAGUACUACCUUUUUGGGAGCUGCAAAGCCAGUACUACCUUUUUGGGAGCUGCAAAGCCAGUACUACCUUUUUGGGAGCUGCAAAGCCAGUACUACCUUUUUGGGAGCUGCAAAGCCAGUACUACCUUUUUGGGAGCUGCAAAGCCAGUACUACCUUUUUGGGAGCUGCAAAAGCCAGUACUACCUUUUUGGGAGCUGCAAAGCCAGUACUACUUUUUUGGGAGCUGCAAAAGCCAGUACUACCUUUUUGGGAGCUGCAAAGCCAGUACUACCUUUUUGGGAGCUGCAAAGCCAGUACUACCUUUUUGGGAGCUGCAAAGCCAGUACUACCUUUUUGGGAGCUGCAAAAGCCAGUACUACCUUUUGGGAGCUGCAAAAGCCAGUACUACCUUUUUGGGAGCUGCAAAGCCAGUACUACCUUUUUGGGAGCUGCAAAAGCCAGUACUACCUUUUUGGGAGCUGCAAAGCCAGUACUACCUUUUUGGGAGCUGCAAAAGCCAGUACUACCUUUUUGGGAGCUGCAAAGCCAGUACUACCUUUUUGGGAGCUGCAAAAGCCAGUACUACCUUUUUGGGAGCUGCAAAGCCAGUACUACUUUUUGGGAGCUGCAAAGCCAGUACUACCUUUUUGGGAGCUGCAAAAGCAGUACUACCUUUUUGGGAGCUGCAAAGCCAGUACUACUUUUUUUGGGAGCUGCAAAAGCCAGUACUACUUUUUGGGAGCUGCAAAGCCAGUACUACCUUUUUGGGAGCUGCAAAGCCAGUACUACCUUUUUGGGAGCUGCAAAAGCCAGUACUACUUUUUGGGAGCUGCAAAGCCAGUACUACCUUUUGGGAGCUGCAAAGCCAGUACUACCUUUUUGGGAGCUGCAAAGCCAGUACUACCUUUUGGGAGCUGCAAAGCCAGUACUACCUUUUUGGGAGCUGCAAAGCCAGUACUACUUUUUGGGAGCUGCAAAGCCAGUACCACUUUUUGGGAGCUGCAAAAGCAGUACUACUUUUUGGGAGAUUCAAAGCCAGUACUACUUUUUGGGAGCUGCAAAGCCAGUACUACCUUUUGGGAGCUGCAAAGCCAGUACUACCUUUUGGGAGCUGCAAAGCCAGUACUACUUUUUGGGAGCUGCAAAAGCAGUACUACUUUUUGGGAGCUUCAAAGCCAGUACUACCUCUUGGGAGCUGCAAAGCCAGUACUACCUUUUGGGAGCUGCAAAGCCAGUACUACCUUUUGGGAGCUGCAAAGCCAGUACUACCUUUUGGGAGCUGCAAAGCCAGUACUACUUUUUGGGAGCUGCAAAAGCAGUACUACUUUUUGGGAGCUGCAAAGCCAGUACUACCUUUUUGGGAGCUGCAAAAAGUAGUACUACCUUUUUGGGAGCUGCAAGCUUUAGGAGCUGCUAAUUUAAAAAACUGCUUGUUGGGCGCUGCUAACUAACAACUUAUCAUUUAAAGCUGGAAACUGAUAAGCUCAAAAUUCGGAUUUUUUUUUUGGGAGCUGCAAACUUGGCAUUUCUCACUGAGAGCUGCAAAUUCAGCAUUUAUCAUUGGGAGCUGCAAAUUGAGAAGAUUUAGAACUGUUAGUUGAGAGCUGCUAACUUGGUAUUUCUCAGUGGGAGCUGCAAAAGCAGUACUACUUUUUGGGAGCUUCAAAGCCAGUACUACCUCUUGGGAGCUGCAAAGCCAGUACUACCUUUUGGGAGCUGCAAAGCCAGUACUACCUUUUGGGAGCUGCAAAGCCAGUACUACCUUUUGGGAGCUGCAAAGCCAGUACUACCUCUUGGGAGCUGCAAAACCAGUACUACCUUUUGGGAGCUGCAAAGCCAGUACUACCUUUUGGGAGCUGCAAAAGUAGUACUACCUUUUGAGAGCUGCAAAGCCAGUACUACUUUUUGGGAGCUGCAAAAGCAGUACUACUUUUUGGGAGCUGCAAAGCCAGUACUACCUUUUGGGAGCUGCAAAGCCAGUACUACUUUUUGGGAGCUGCAAAAGCAGUACUACUUUUUGGGAGUUGCAAAGCCAGUACUACCUUUUGGGAGCUGCAAAGCCAGUACUACCUUUUGGGAGCUGCAAAGCCAGUACUACCUUUUGGGAGCUGCAAAGCCAGUACUACCUUUUGGGAGCUGCAAAGCCAGUACUACCUUUUGGGAGCUGCAAAGCCAGUACUACCUUUUGGGAGCUGCAAAAGCAGUACUACUUUUUGGGAGCUUCAAAGCCAGUACUACCUCUUGGGAGCUGCAAAGCCAGUACUACCUUUUGGGAGCUGCAAAGCCAGUACUACCUUUUGGGAGCUGCAAAGCCAGUACUACCUUUUUGGGAGCUGCAAAAGCCAGUACUACCUUUUUGGGAGCUGCAAAGCCAGUACUACCUUUUUGGGAGCUGCAAAGCCAGUACUACCUCUUUGGGAGCUGCAAAAGCCAGUACUACCUUUUUGGGAGCUGCAAAGCCAGUACUACCUUUUUGGGAGCUGCAAAAGUCAGUACUACCUUUUUGGGAGCUGCAAAGCCAGUACUACUUUUUGGGAGCUGCAAAAGCCAGUACUACUUUUUGGGAGCUGCAAAAGCCAGUACUACCUUUUGGGAGCUGCAAAGCCAGUACUACCUUUUGGGAGCUGCAAAAGCCAGUACUACCUUUUGGGAGCUGCAAAGCCAGUACUACCUUUUUGGGAGCUGCAAAAGUCAGUACUACCUUUUGGGAGCUGCAAAGCCAGUACUACUUUUUGGGAGCUGCAAAAGCAGUACUACUUUUUGGGAGCUGCAAAAGCAGUACUACUUUUUGGGAGCUGCAAAGCCAGUACUACCUUUUGGGAGCUGCAAAGCCAGUACUACUUUUUGGGAGCUGCAAAAGCAGUACUACUUUUUGGGAGCUGCAAAGCCAGUACUACCUUUUGGGAGCUGCAAAGCCAGUACUACCUUUUGGGAGCUGCAAAGCCAGUACUACCUUUUGGGAGCUGCAAAGCCAGUACUACUUUUUGGGAGCUGCAAAAGCAGUACUACUUUUUGGGAGCUUCAAAGCCAGUACUACCUCUUGGGAGCUGCAAAGCCAGUACUACCUUUUGGGAGCUGCAAAGCCAGUACUACCUUUUGGGAGCUGCAAAGCCAGUACUACCUUUUGGGAGCUGCAAAGCCAGUACUACCUUUUGGGAGCUGCAAAGCCAGUACUACUUUUUGGGAGCUGCAAAAGCAGUACUACUUUUUGGGAGCUGCAAAAGCAGUACUACUUUUUGGGAGCUGCAAAGCCAGUACUACCUUUUGGGAGCUGCAAAAGUAGUACUACCUUUUGGGAGCUGCAAGCUUAGGAGCUGCUAAUUUAAAAAACUGCUUGUUGGGCGCUGCUAACUAACAACUUAUCAUUUAAAGCUGGAAACUGAUAAGCUCAAAAUUCGGAUUUUUUUUUGGGAGCUGCAAACUUGGCAUUUCUCACUGAGAGCUGCAAAUUCAGCAUUUAUCAUUGGGAGCUGCAAAUUGAGAAGAUUUAGAACUGUUAGUUGAGAGCUGCUAACUUGGUAUUUCUCAGUGGGAGCUGCAAAGUUAAGAGCUGCUCAUUUAAAACUGUUAGUUGGGCGCUGCUAAUUUGGCACGUAUCACUGAAAGCUGGGAAGUGACAAGCUCAAAAUUCCGAAUUGUUUCUUGAGUGCUUAGAACUCCAAGUAGAAAACUAGCGAAAUUCGUGAGAAAUGCCAGAGAUUCGAAAAAUGAAAAUACCUAGUCAAAAAAUUGAAAAAUACCAAAUGGAUAGUAGAAACAGACUUCUUUUCGAGGACUUCAAUAACUUUUUAUCUUUUAGACAUGUCACUUUGCUUUUUUUAUAAAUUGAACAUUAAAAAAACCAAAAAAAUCAUUAGAAAAAAACUCAGAAAAGGGAAAAAGGUUCAAAGAGAUUCAAUAUAUUAACUAGAGAUGUCAGAUUUCCUGAAAAAGUUGAAAGGUUAAUUAAAAGCUGUAAGUCUACUAUUUUCAAAGACCAUCUCAAAAAAUAUCUUCACUGAGCUAGCCAAAAAAAGAAAGCCAAUGAAAACUAAUAAAUCUUCCUUUGAAGAAUAUUCCAACUCAUUUCAAAAAUCCUUUGAAGCGGAAAGCCAAAAAGCCUGGUCAAAAUAACAUAGAAUGACCGCUCAAAGUUGAAAAAAAAACGGAAUCGAAAAAUAAUUAAUUAUGAAAGACAGAAAAAUCUUCAAAGGCCACCCCGAAACUCUUUCUAGGCUCCCCUCUAGGGACCACUUUACCUCUUCCUAAAGAGGCCAAUAAAAAUGGCCAAAGUGGCCCCUACAGGGACUUUAGUUAAAAGGCACUCUAGAGGGGCAUGCUAGUGGCACUUAUACAUUUGAAUCUAAACAAAAUUUCCAAAAGUCCUAUAGGGACCACUUGAGCUUUAGGGCUUUAAGGUCAGGUCCUAAACCCUAAAUUUCAGCCCUUCAGGAAGCUCUUUUUCCCCCUAACCCUUAUAGGGGCCACUCAGGCGUUCCUAGAAAUAUAAAGGAAUUUGAAGAGCCUCCAAAAAACAGACCAAAAAAAGCGAAUAAAAACGACAAAAUCUUCCGUUGAAGCUUCCUUUUCAGGAAAUCCUUUGAAGUGAAAAGCCGAAAAGCCGGCUGGUCAAAACAACAUAUAGAAUAGCCGAUUAAAGUUGAGCCUCUCCCUAAAGAGGCCACUAAAACUUGCAAAAGUGUCCCCUAUAGGGGCUUUAGUUCGCGGGAACUCUAGAGGAGAAUACUAGUGGUCUUCAAACAUUUGAAUCCAAACAAAAAAUUUAAAAAAUCCUAUAGGGACCACUUGAGCUUUAGGGCUUCAAAGUUGGGUACUAAACCCCUAAGCCCUUAAGGAAGCUCUUUUUUCUUCUGACCUCUAUAGGGGCCUUUCAGGCGUUCCUAGAUAUCUAAAGGAAUUUAAAAGCCUUUGAAAAUAUCAUUCAGACCAAAAAAGCGAAUAAAAACGACAAAAUCUUCCGUUGAAGCUUCCUUUUCAGGAAACCCUUUGAAGUGAAAAGCCGAAAAGCCGGCUGGUCAAAACAACAUAUAGAAUAGCCGAUUAAAGUUGAGCCUCUCCCUAAAGAGGCCACUAAAACUUGCAAAAGUGUCCCCUAUAGGGGCUUUAGUUCGCGGGAACUCUAGAGGAGAAUACUAGUGGUCUUCAAACAUUUGAAUCCAAACAAAAAAUUUAAAAAAUCCUAUAGGGACCACUUGAGCUUUGGGCCUUAAAAUUCAGGUCCUAAACCCCUAAAUUUCAGCCUUUCAGGAAGCUCCUUUUCCCCCUGACCCCUACAGGGGCCACUCAGGCGUUCCUGAGUAUCUAA